UUCUCUUUUUGCUUGUUGCCUGGUUGGAUGAAGAGGCUUCAAAGGAAGCCCAGCUGCUAAUGAGGAAGUCCCUGAAUGAUUCAGUGAUGCAGAAUCUCAUCCCUACUCCCACCUACCUGUACUCUACUGUCAUUCACAUGAGAGAGAGGGAGAGAGAGAAAAACCACCACCACCACCACCGCCACACCUACAGCAAAAACCCUUUAUUUUAUUAAGGCACUGAGAUUCAACAGAUUUUUUUUCAGUUGCUAGUCUAACCUGGCAAAUAUACAUUACUCUUUUCUAUUCUACAAUUUUAUUAGAUCUUCAUUCUAAAGAUCCAGGGUAAAUGUUUUAAGGGCAAAACUAGGAAACAAACAUAGGGGAAAAUCAAAGAGUGAUUCAUCACAUCAAAAUCCAACCCUGCUUUCAGAUAUGGUAAUAAAAACCCCUUAAAAUGGAAUAGGUCUCUUGGACUUUCUUCGCACAGACAAGAUGACACCAUAGAUCUCUGCAUGCCUUGGUGCCAAACUAAUACAAUACAGUAAGUGUAAGACUCGGGUAAAAUUUAAAGUAAACACUAAAGAUGGGUAGGUCAAUUACCCCCAGAGUAUUAAUUAAAGGCCCUUCUCAGGCCACUAGAAAUACAAAGGAAUCUGUCACAGAGACAAGAAAAGGGAAUUGCAACCAACUCUUAUCCGUCCUCGGUCUCUGUGCCUUUCGCAGAGCUUCCAGCAGCGCUAUGUUGGGCCAGAGCAUCAGGAGGUUCACAACCUCUGUGGUCCGUAGGAGCCACUAUGAGGAGGGCCCUGGGAAGAAUUUGCCAUUUUCAGUGGAAAACAAGUGGUCGUUACUAGCUAAGAUGUAUCUGUACUUUGGAUCUGCAUUUGCUACACCCUUCCUUGUAAUAUGAAGAGCAUUUUAAGAGGUGCAGCCUCUGGAAGUGGAUCAAACUAGAACUCAUAUGCCAUACCAGAUAUGUUUGUCAAUAAACUUAUGACAUGGAAAAAAAAAAAAAGAAAUAGCCAAUAACGGUUGGGCGCAGUAGCUCACC